GUAGAGGGAGAGAGGAAGGAGGAGGAGAAGGCAGGAGAGGGACUCGCAGAGCGAUUUGAAGAGGCGGAAAGUGAGCACAGCAACGGCGUGAGACCACGGCGAUCAAGCUAAAUGUCCCCGGACUUAAUGACUGUGGAGCUGAUUGUUUGGAACGGCCGCCGUGUCGCAGGGCUUGGAACGAUGAUCAGAGCCUGAGAGAGCGACUGAAGAGCCAAGAGAGACAGCCUGACUCAGGAGGGGGGACUCCAGGGAGACGGGGGAGACGAGCUCUGUUCUUGACUCGCUGCUCUUUAAUGUGUGUGGGUUUUUCUUCUUAACACACAUUUUACUUUAUUUCCAUGUCUCUAGUGUCUGUGACGUUUUCCGCUGCUGUGUGUUCUGGCUCCUUGUCUCACUUUCCCCGAUCCUGUCCCCCUCCCUCUCGCUCUCGCUCUCCUCCUUGGGCUUCAGCCCGGUCCGUCUAAUCCGCUCUGGUCCGCUGUCUCCGCGGAGGACUGUGGAGUCACUCACAGCCAGGGAACAACCUUGCUCGGAGCACUAUCGCAAGGGGGCUGACUACCCUGCCGACUGGGGAGGUUUUUGAGUUAUCUGAGGACGAGUGUGAAGAACGGAUAGUAAGGAGAGAGAGAGACCGACUAAUGAGCAGGCAAGGGUGAAAUCAGUGCCAAAAAAAGAAACCAACGCCAGAAUCAGAGACUUUGUUUCCCGCCCACCGGCGAGUCUGUGCCAGUUCUCAAGACGCCUGCGAUUUGAGGGGAACCACGAGGCAGACAACGGGCAUCCUGUAGUGGAUUACAGCAUUGGGGAUUCUGGUUACCCUGGAGCCACAUGUGGAGCCCAGCCCCUGAGGCCUGGCAUGGAAACGAGGCCCUGUCGGCAGCUAUAGGAGUGCUGUGGGCAGCCAUGGCCAUGGACGGCCUCUGCCUCAAGCGGGGUUCCCCUGCCGCAGUGAUCAGGAAGGACCGCCGGCCACGUCCGGCCAAGCCCAGCCUGGCCCAGAUAACCUCCACCCUGCUGUCCAGGACACGCCUGCACGGCCUCCGGCACGUGUGCGUCCCGGGGGGGUCGAUGGGCCGCCGGGCCUUCUGGAUGCUGGCCAUGUGCACCUCCAUGGGCCUGCUGCUGUCCUGGUCCUCCAACCGCCUGCUGCACUGGCUGUCCUUCCCCACCCACACCCGCAUGCACACGGAGUGGGCCAAGGAGCUGGCCUUCCCCACGGUCACCAUCUGCAACAACAACCCCAUCCGGCUCUACAAGCUCACCAAGAGCGACCUGUACUUUGCGGGCCACUGGCUGGGUCUGCUGCUGGCCAACCGGACAGUGAGGCCCAUGAUCCUGGACCUGCUCCAGGAGGACCGACAGUCGUGGUUUAAGAAGCUCUCGGACUUCAGGCUGUUUCUACCGCCCAGGAACUUUGAAGGCACCAACUUGGAGUUUAUGGAUCGCCUGAGCCACCAGCUCGACGAGAUGCUGCUCUCCUGCAAGUACCGAGGGGAGUCCUGCGGCGCACACAACUUCACCUCCGUGUUCACCAGGUAUGGGAAGUGCUACAUGUUCAACGCGGUGGAGGAGGGGAAGAGCCUCCGGACCACCAUGAAGGGGGGCACGGGGAACGGCCUGGAGAUCAUGCUGGACAUCCAGCAGGACGAGUACCUACCGGUGUGGGGGGACACAGAGGACACGGCGUUCGAGGCGGGCGUGCGGGUGCAGAUCCACAGCCAGGCGGAGCCGCCGUUCAUCCACGAGCUGGGCUUCGGCGUGGCCCCGGGCUUCCAGACCUUCGUGGCCACUCAGGAGCAGAGGCUGACCUACUUGCCUCCCCCGUGGGGAGAGUGUGAAUCCAAGGCCCUGGAGUCGGGCUACUUCCCGGCGUACAGCGUCACCGCCUGCAGGAUCGACUGCGAGACCCGCUACAUCGUGGAGAACUGCAACUGCAGGAUGGUCCACAUGCCAGGAGACGCCAGUUACUGCACACCGGAGCAGUAUAAAGACUGCGCUGAACCGGCCCUCGCCAAGCUGUCUGCGUCAGAGAGCGGUAACUGCAUGUGUCGGACGCCGUGCAACAUGACGCGCUACAACAAGGAGCUGUCCAUGGUGAAGAUCCCCAGCAAGACCUCCGCCCGCUACCUGGAGAAGAGGUUCAACAAGUCUGAGAAGUACAUCACGGACAACAUCCUGGUUCUGGACGUGUUCUUCGAGGCUCUGAACUACGAGACCAUCGAGCAGAAGAAGGCUUAUGAGGUCGCUGGCUUACUAGGGGACAUCGGGGGUCAGAUGGGGCUGUUCAUCGGCGCCAGCAUCCUCACCAUCCUGGAGCUCUUCGACUACGCUUACGAGGUGCUGAAGGACAGGCUAAUGGACUUGCUGGGCAGCGAUGAGGAGGACGAGAAUCAUGCAGAAGAUGUGAGUUCCUGUGACCCCCUACCGAACCACUCGGAGUCCAUCAGCCACACGGUGAGCGUGCCCCUGCAGACCACCCUGGCCACCCUGGAGGAGAUCGCCUGCUGAGGGGUCGCGA